AUGAGUGGCUGUAACCUCUCAGAGAGAAGCUGUGAAGCUCUGUCCUCAGUCCUCAGCUCUGUGUCCUCUCGUCUGAGACACGUGGACCUGAGUAACAAUGACCUGCAGGAUCCAGGAGUGAAGCUGCUGUGUGAUGGACUGAAGAGUCCUCACUGUUCUCUGGAGACUCUCAGUCUGUCAGGUUGUCUGGUCUCAGAGGAAGGAUGUUCUUCUCUGACCUCAGCUCUGAACUCCAACCCCUCCCAUCUCAGAGAACUGGACCUGAGUAACAAUGACCUGCAGGAUCCAGGAGUGAAGCUGCUGUCUGCUGGACUGAAGAGUCCUCACUGGAAACUGGACAUUCUCAGGAUGGACCAUGCUGGAGAGCAGUGGUUAAAACCUGGUCUCAGGAAGUGUAAGUAUGGAUUUACAGGAAAUAACAACAUAUCAGCUGAUCAUCAAUAAACUGCAGCUGUGUCUCGUUGUCUUCAUCAGAUUCAUGUGAACUGGAACUGGACACAAACACAAUGCACAGAAAACUCAAACUGUCUGACGACAACAGGAAAGUGACCCGUGUGACAGAAGAUCAGUCGUAUCCUGAUCAUCCAGACAGAUUUGAGUUCUGGUCUCAGCUGCUGUGUAGACCUGGUCUGACUGGUCGCUGUUACUGGGAGGUCGAGUGGAGAGGAACUGUUGAUAUAUCACUGAGUUACAGAGGAAUCAAGAGGAAAGGCAUCGGUUUUGACUGUGUGUUUGGAGAUAAUGAUCAGUCCUGGAGUCUGAUCUGCUCUGACGUUCAUGGUAACUUUGUCCAUCACUGUGGGAUACGAACACCCAUCACCUCUGUCUCUCACAGAGUAUCAGUGUAUGUGGACUGUCCUGCUGGGACUCUGUCCUUCUACAGCGUCUCCUCUGACUCACUGAUCCACCUCCACACCUUCAGGACCACAUUCACUGAACCGGUUUAUCCUGGGUACCUGGUCUGUCCUGGUUCCUCAGUGUCUCUGUGUCCUCUGUAGGACAUGAAGAGACAGCAGCUUCAGUGGUGGACGAGGUCAAAGCUCGUCUCAGUCAUUCUUUGUUGAAACCAUCAAUAAAUAAAGACUUAAAAAAUCAA